CUCGAACAUUCUGUCAAACGCAUUAUCAACCCAAAACUCCCUGCGCCACACGGCUACCCAUAGUGCAUUUCACCGCUUCCUUUCUUCUCUCUUCUACUCGUCCAAAAUGUCGUUAUUGGACGGUCCGUUGAACGUGCUCGGUCAGAGAACGAGUGGCGAGUCCAUUCGGACUCAAAAUGUCAUGGCCGCAUCUUCCAUCGCCAACAUCGUCAAGAGCUCCUUGGGCCCAGUUGGGCUUGACAAGAUGUUGGUGGACGACAUUGGGGAUGUGACCAUCACCAACGACGGAGCGACGAUCUUGAAGCUGCUUGAGGUAGAGCACCCUGCAGCCAAGGUCCUGUGUGAGCUGGCUGAACUGCAGGACAAAGAGGUUGGGGACGGGACCACCUCAGUGGUCAUCAUCGCAGCAGAGCUGCUGAAGAGUGCGGACGAGCUGGUGAAGCAGAAGAUCCACCCCACAUCAGUCAUCAGUGGAUACCGUCUGGCCUGCAAAGAGGCUGUGCGCUACAUCAAUGAGAACCUCACCAUUGGAACAGACGACCUGGGGAGGGAGUGUCUGGUCAAUGCAGCCAAGACCUCGAUGUCCUCCAAGAUCAUCGGAGUUGACGCUGACUUCUUCGCCAACAUGGUUGUGGACGCCGCCCUCGCGGUGAAGUUUGUGGAUGGGAAGGGCGUGGCCCGUUACCCCAUCAACUCGGUGAACGUGCUGAAGGCACAUGGACGCAGUCAGAAGGAGAGCUUCCUGGUCAACGGAUAUGCUGUCAACUGCACAGUAGGAUCACAAGGCAUGGUGAAGCGAGUGACCAACGCCAAGGUGGCCUGUCUGGACUUCAGCCUCCAGAAGACCAAGAUGAAGAUGGGCGUCCAGGUCGUCAUCAACGACCCAGAGAAGCUGGACCAGAUCAGACAGAGGGAGUCUGACAUCACCAAGGAGAGGAUCCAGAAGAUUCUGGCGUCCGGCGCCAACGUCAUCCUCACCACGGGAGGCAUCGACGACAUGUGCCUCAAGUACUUUGUAGAUGUGGGCGCCAUGGCCGUCAGGAGGGUGCUCAAGAGGGACCUCAAACGCAUCGCCAAGGCAACCGGAGCCACGCUCUGUCCAUCCCUGUCUAACCUGGAGGGAGAGGAGACCUUCGAGGCCACCAUGCUGGGCCAGGCCGAGGAGGUGGUGCAGGAGCGCUUGUGUGACGACGAGCUCAUCCUCAUCAAGAAUACUAAAGCCAAUACAUCCGCCUCUAUCAUCCUGCGUGGGGCCAACGACUUCAUGUGUGAUGAGAUGGAGCGCUCCCUGCACGAUGCCCUGUGUGUGGUGAAGAGGGUGCUGGAGUCCAAGUCUGUGGUGCCAGGAGGGGGCGCUGUGGAGGCAGCUCUGUCCAUCUACCUGGAGAACUACGCCACCAGCAUGGGUUCUCGUGAGCAGCUGGCCAUAGCAGAGUUUGCCCGCUCUCUCCUCAUCAUCCCCAAGACCCUGGCAGUGAACGCUGCCCAGGACUCCACUGACCUGGUGGCCAAGCUCCGUGCCUUCCACAACGAGGCCCAGGUCAACCCCGAACGCAAGAACCUCAAGUGGAUUGGUCUGGACCUGGUGAAUGGCAAGCCCCGCGACAACCGCCAGGCAGGCGUGUACGAGCCCACCAUGGUGAAGACCAAGAGCCUCAAGUUUGCCACAGAGGCCGCCAUCACCAUCCUGCGUAUUGAUGACCUCAUCAAGCUGUUCCCGGACCAGAAGGAGGGCGGGCCGUCUUACCAGGAUGCCAUGGCGUCUGGAUCCCUAGAGGGGUAGAGACCAGGCAGAUCAGGACCCCACCACAAGAGGCCCUCCAGUGUCCAGUCCUGCCUGCUUCUCCUCCGCUUGGCUUCGUGUAACGUCUGUAUUUAUACAUGCGAGCUCUUGUUCUGUCCUAGUUGGCGUGCACGUUGCCUGUUUGUCCCCUCACUCCUUCAGUAGGACAGCCUGUUACUGUGGUAACUGUUUUUUUUCCCCAGACACAUGAAUAAAUCUGAUGGUUGUAGA